UGCGGCGGGGCAGGGCUAUUUAAGUCAAGGGCCGGCUGGCAACCCCAGCAGGCUGUCCUGUGAGUCGCCAGCAUGGAUGACAUCUACAAGGCUGCGGUAGAGCAGCUGACAGAAGAGCAGAAAAAUGAGUUCAAGGCAGCCUUCGACAUCUUCGUGCUGGGCGCUGAGGAUGGCUGCAUCAGCACCAAGGAGCUGGGCAAGGUGAUGAGGAUGCUGGGCCAGAACCCCACCCCUGAGGAGCUGCAGGAGAUGAUCGAUGAGGUGGACGAGGACGGCAGCGGCACGGUGGACUUUGAUGAGUUCCUGGUCAUGAUGGUUCGGUGCAUGAAGGACGACAGCAAAGGGAAAUCUGAGGAGGAGCUGUCUGACCUCUUCCGCAUGUUUGACAAAAACGCUGAUGGCUACAUCGACUUGGAUGAGCUGAAGAUAAUGCUGCAGGCUACAGGCGAGACCAUCACGGAGGACGACAUCGAGGAGCUCAUGAAGGACGGAGACAAGAACAACGACGGCCGCAUCGACUAUGAUGAGUUCCUGGAGUUCAUGAAGGGUGUGGAGUAGAUGCUGACCUUCACCCAGAGCUGCCCAUGCCCAGCCUCCAACUCCAGCUGAGUCCUGGGGUUGGGGAGAGGGUCGGGGUCCCAGGACCUGAGCCUGGCCAUGUCCUCAACCCCAAAUCCCCCGACUCCCUCCCCAGAUCUGUCCUGGGAGAUGCAAAUAAAGCCUGCUCUCCCGA